AUGAAUUAUUCUUCUCUGGCUUCUACCUCCUUGAAGUGGUACGUGGUCAUGCAGACUAACGGAAUGAAUUACUUUCUAAUCCCUGCUACCCUCCUCACCACCGUGACCCUGUUCAUCGACCCGCUACUCCUCUUCUGCAUCCUCUCCACUCCGUCCCUCCGUCAGGAAACACGCUACCUCCUGCUCGCCAACACGCUCCUCUCGGAUGUCCUCUUCCUCAGCUUCAAUCUCACCAACAUCUCCUGCAACGCGCUGGACAUGGAAAUGCACCACGUGUUCUGCGAGUUCCUGAUGGUCACCACCGUGACGACCUACUGCUCCUCACUGUUGACGGUCACGCUCAUGGUCAUCGAUACUUUCGUGGCCGUGCGCUGGCCGCUGCGCUACAACGAAAUCCUGCCUCCGUCCCGGGUGAAGAAAAUCAUCGCGCUCGUGUGGGCCGUGGCCGCGACGUUCCCACUUGCUCUCCUGGUGGUCAUGGAGGUCAGCAAAAAGGGCGAAACGGAGAGUCUAAAGGUGUGUCUGGUGAUCAUCAGUCUGGGUUUUUUGGGGGAAGAAAUAAAUGUUGGCUUGCAUAUCUACUUCAGCGUGUGGGUUAUAUUCUGCACGUUCCUCAUUCUCUACUGCUACAUCCGUCUAUACAUCGUCACCAAGGGCUCGGGCAUAUGGAGCAGUCGCUACUCACGGGCACGGCUGACUCUGCUCGUGCACACCGUUAUGCUGGUGAUAUUCUUUACACCCGGAUUGAUCUUUACAGUGCAGUUGGGGCAGUUUAAGAAGCUGUCCGAAUCUCUGGAAGUGGCAGCGUGGCUCAACACUGCAAAUCUGUGUUUGCUCAUGGUGCUCCCUCGAGCUUGCGCGCCCUACCUGUACGGCCUGCGCUAUCGGGAGGUCUACGAAACGAUACAGCUCAUGCUGAGGAAGAGACGGCUCAGCCAGACCACCGACGGUUAG